CUCCUCCCUGUCUACUCUCUGCUGUCUAGUGGAGUGUCUUCUGCGGUGGAAAGGUGGAACUUGGUGGAAGCAGGAAGGUUAGAAAAGGUUUUAGUCCUGUGACCACAAGUGAAUUAAUAGUAUUGCCAUCAUGCUGAGGUCCGUUGCGAUGCGUGUGCACGGCGCUGUCCGAAGUGGAGUACUCCAGACUGCCGUCAGAUCCCCAGCAGCUAUCCAACAGCGACUUUCUCACGGCAAGCCUGAACUGUCUGAAGAAGAGUUCGAUCAAAAGUACGUCGACUUCUUCAGCCGUCCCAACAUUGACGGAUGGGAAAUCCGCACUGCAAUGAAUGACUUGGCCCGAAUGGACCUUAUUCCUGAGCCCAAGAUCAUCGUCGCUGCUCUCAAGGCAUGCCGUCGUCUGAACGACUAUGCCGUUGCAGUAAGGUUCCUCGAGUCCGUCAAGGACAAGUGCGGGACCAAAGCCAACGAAAUCUACCCCUGGAUCAUUCAAGAGAUUAGGCCGACCCUUGACGAGCUUGGCAUCAGCACUCCAGAGGAGCUAGGUUACGACAAACCUGAGCUUGCCAUCCAGGAUGUAGAGGACAUGCAUUAGAUUAGCUUGUUGCGAACAUGUAGCAAAUUCAUUCAGUCAACAUCGACUGUUCUUUCUUUUAAAUUUUAACUUCCAACCUUCUUGCAAGAUGAUUUCUGUGGUCUGUUAUGAUUGUAAAUAAUGUGGAAUAAAAGUGUUAAGGAAGUGUAA